AUGGAUUACUCUAACAAGAAUUUUCCUCCAUUGAAAAAUGAUAGAUUAUUAAAAGCAGCAUGUGGGAAAGAAGUUGACAAAGUUCCAGUAUGGGUGAUGCGCCAAGCUGGACGAUACUUACCGGAAUUCCAAGCAGUACGAGCAAAGCACGACUUCUUUACAGUUUGCAGGACACCAGAACUUGCUUGUGAAGUAACACUACAACCUUUAAGACGUUACAACCAUUUAGAUGCUUCUAUCAUAUUCAGUGAUAUAUUAGUUAUACCACAAGCACUUGGUAUGACUGUAGAAAUGCAUCCUGGAGUGGGUCCUGUUUUUCCUAAUCCACUCCAAGAUGUUAAAGAAAUUGAUAAUCUUAAAGAAGAAGGGGCUGUAUCUAGACUAAAAUAUGUUGGUGAUGCCAUUACUUUAACAAGACACAAAAUUGAAGGAAAAGUUCCAUUGAUUGGUUUUACAGGAGCACCAUUCACAUUAAUGGGGUACAUGAUUGAAGGAGGAGGCAGUAAAACUAUGGCAAAAACAAAAGAAUGGUUAAAUGAAAAUCCAAAAGAUGUUCAUAGGCUAUUAAGUUUAUUGACCAGAGUUAUUAUAGACUAUUUAGCAAUGCAGGUUGAAAGUGGAGCCCAGUUAUUGCAAGUGUUUGAAUCUAGUGCAGACCACCUUACACGGGAACAAUUUAUAGAGUUCUCUGUGCCAUAUUUAAAAGAUAUUCGAACAAAAGUGAAAGAAAUAUUACAAACAAAUAAUUUAGAACAAGUGCCUAUGACCAUCUUUGCAAAAGGUGGAGGACAUUCCUUAGAUGUACAAGCUCAAAUGGGCUAUGAAACUAUUGGCUUAGACUGGACUGUAGACCCAGUGGAAGCAAGGAAAAUUGUUGGAAACAAUAUAACUUUACAAGGAAAUCUUGAUCCUCAAGACUUGUAUAAAACACCUGAAGAAAUAAAAAAGUUAACUACAGUUAUGGUGCAAAAAUUUGGUAAAUUUCGGUAUAUCGCUAAUUUAGGUCAUGGAAUUACACCACAAACUCCUUUGGAAAGCAUGACAGUUUUUACAGAGACAGUUCAUGAAGCUAUU